GAGUUCUUUGAUGUCAAGUUUUGUCCCUACCAACCCCUGGAUGCGAGCCCCGUGUUUGCCGCAGUCAGCAAAAAGCAUGUCGUCAUCUGCAGACUCAACCAAACCUCCAACGACACCACCCCUUGCGAGGUGUUGUCAGUGAUAAGAGAUGACGAUGUUGAGGCAUCCGCGUGCUGCUGCACAUGGACCAAAGAUCCCGUCACAGGGGCUCCCUAUCUUUGCAUCGGCGGAGUUGAUGCUAAAGUAAAGAUCUACGACAUUCUUAGCGGAAAGCUUUACAGGUGCUUCACUGGCCAUGGAGGUGACGUCAACGACUUGGUGACUUCGCCCGUCGACCCAUCUAUCAUCGCUUCAGCAUCGGGUGAUACAAGUGUCCGUGUCUGGAGUCUCGAUCCAGUUCACAGCAAGCGCCCAUGUCUCGUCAUUCUCGCUGGUGAAGGUCAUUCUUGGGAUCUCUUGAGUCUGGCAUUUCAUGACACUGGUCGCUAUAUUCUGUCUGCUGGUCAUGACCAAAUCAUCAAUAUGUGGACUCUUCCCGACCUUCCUACUGAACCUAUCACUACCCCCAUUCGCGUCCACUAUCCUCACUUCUCGACAUCAGCGGUGCAUAGUGGCAUCAUCGAUUGUGUGGCUUUUUAUGGCGAUUGUAUUUUAUCCAGAGCCUGCCACGACAACGUCAUUGCGCUCUGGAGGAUUGAGGGCUUUUCGUCCAAGAACCCUCCUCCGCCUCAGAGCUUAGCCCCUAUAGCUCAGACCACCGUUCCGACUAAUUACGACGAAGCCAGCCGACUCACACGAUCCGCCUUCGUGCCUACUAUAUCACCACAAUGCCCAUCCCAGUACACCAUGCUGCUACAAUUCCAUACCCCCAACUGUGGCCCGCAGUUCUUCAUGCGCUUCAAGCUGCAUUUCGUGCCCGGGCAGCACCCAGUCUUGGCCUUCUGCAACGCUGGCGGCAACGUCUUCUUCUGGGAUCUGGAGCGGCUGAUGGCGUACCGUGAGUUCAUGGAAGCACUGAAAGAUCCCGCUCGAGACAAGAGCAAGCCCCUACCCCAUCCCAGUUGGAUGAGACCUGUGACGCGUCGUAAGGCGGACGGGAAUAAAUCUCGACAUGGAGCCGUUGACAAGGAGACAUCGGUUGCCGGUCAAAGUGAUGGGGCUAAGUCAGCUGCGACUGAGGAGAUUGGCGAGUAUAAUGCCGAGACUCUGGAAACCUGGGCAUCUAGGUAUAGCCAGGAAGAUCCUCAUGAGCCUCUCAAGGCACACAAGACCGAGUCCUCAUCAGCCAACUUUGUGGGCAGACAGGCGGCGUGGAGUCCAGGAGGUGAGUGGUGUGUGGUUGUGGGUAGCUCGAACACGGCGUUGAUCCUCCAACGUUGGGCAACCAAGCCCGCGCCCAAGACCUCGGGGACGGCUCAUAAUACCCCGAAUCCAGACCAUUGA